CCCCUCAUCUUCUUCAGCUUGGACGUUCCCUCCUCAGAGAACACAAGCUAAAAAUUCUCUCUCUCUCUUCGGCUAAUUUUUUUGUAUUUUCUUCCAAUUUUAUUACAAAAUUUACAAUAAGUUCCAGACCCGGGUUGUAAAUCAUGUAUUCCCUCUCUCCAUCCUCCAGUAUAUCUCUUAAGUCCCUAAUCAGGACGCGGUGUCCGAGUCAGACUCAUCGGGUUACACCCGGUCGACUUGUUAUUCAGUGUAUUCACCGGCACGACUCAACCAACGCGAGCAGAGCCGAUUGGCAGAGCUCGUGCGCCAUAUUAGCAAGCAAAGUGGUGUCGCAACAGCAAGAUACUCAAAAAGUAGGCGGAGCUGACAAUAUCACCGCCGUGAACGGCCAUAAAACCCUAGAUCUCGUGCCAAUUGAGAACUUACCUAAACCUCUGACCAUCACAGACUUCUCUCCACCACCGAUGCACGGGGCUCAGAUACGAGUCGCCUACCAAGGUGUUCCCGGAGCAUACAGCGAAGCCGCCGCCGGCAAAGCCUAUCCGAAAUGCGAGGCCAUACCUUGUGACCAGUUCGAAGUUGCAUUUCAAGCAGUGGAGCUCUGGAUCGCUGACCGCGCAGUUCUCCCCGUCGAAAACUCUCUCGGCGGCAGCAUCCACCGGAACUACGACCUCCUCCUCCGGCACCGCCUCCACAUCGUUGGCGAAGUUCAAUUUCCUGUCCAUCACUGCCUCUUAGCUUUGCCAGGCGUCCGAAAAGACUACUUAACCCGAGUUAUCAGCCAUCCACAGGCAUUGGCUCAGUGCGAACACACUCUCACCAAACUCGGCCUCAACGUUGCUCGCGAAGCAGUGGAUGACACAGCUGGCGCAGCCGAAUUUGUCGCCGCUAACAAUUUACGCGACACGGCCGCGAUUGCUUCCUCACGCGCCGCCGAGUUGUACGGAAUGGAGAUCUUAGCCGACGGAAUUCAAGACGACUCCAGCAACAUCACAAGGUUCGUGAUGCUGGCGCGUGAGCCAAUAAUCCCACGCACCGACCGUCCAUUCAAGACAAGCAUAGUCUUCGCUCACGAUAAGGGGACAAGCGUCCUCUUCAAGGUGUUAUCGGCGUUUGCUUUCAGGAACAUAAGCUUGACGAAGAUCGAAUCACGGCCUCACCGGAACCGGCCAAUCAGGUUGGUCGACGACGAGAACGUCGGAACGGCGAAACACUUCGAGUACUUGUUCUACGUGGAUUUCGAAGCUUCAAUGGCGGAAGUUAGGGCACAGAACGCUUUGGCUGAGGUUCAGGAGUUCACAUCUUUCUUGAGGGUGCUGGGAAGCUACCCUAUGGACAUGACUCCUUGGAGUCCCUCUGGGGGAGAUUAACAACCCCCUCUCUCCCACCAUUGUCUUCAAAAUUAAAGAAAAAAACAAAAGUAAAUUUAAAUUAAAUUCUCAUUUUAAUUCUGAAAAUAAUUUUUCUUCUCUUCAUUUUGAGUUUAUUUUUGGGAAAUAUUAAAUUCUUAUAUGGAUCAAGAAAAAAAAGAAGGUUGCUCUAGGUAAAUAUCAUGUAAUCAGUUUGUGGGUAAUUGUGUGUAAGAUUGUGAGUACAACCUUUUAUUUUCUUAGCUGUACUCC